CUGCAAGCAGAUAUAGAACAAUAGACGCGCGUGCGUUGCCGGGGUGCUACAACAACAUCGUGCUUCACUUCACGACGACGAUCUUCAACAUCUCCAUUGAAGCUGGAUGAACAAUAGCACGAAGGAUAGGCCCUACGCGAUCAAACGGACGAGGAGCUCCGACGGUGAGGAUGCUGGAGACUUACCUAUUCUCAACAAUAGCAGAGCCUUCGAGUCGUUCGAAAAGUGUACCGACGUUGCAAGUGAAGCUGCAGGAGCGCAACGGCAACGACGUCAUUCACUGCACGCGUUGCAUUGACGCUGAAGCUCGCCUGGAGGAGAACAGGAUCUGGGAAUCUGAAGAGGCGUGGAUAUCUUGGACCAACUCGUGAGUGAUUGCUGGCAAAAACUCGUUGGAGAUCAGGCGUUAGAUCUCACAUGAAUGGCGCUUCCUUAGAUAUGAGUCGUUUUUCACCUGGAUCCCUACCAUAUCAUCCCCAAUGCCACUCGAGGAUCGAGUUCUUGACAGCGAAAUGAGAGAGAUUGCAGUAAAUCGGAGCUCUUUGACUCUCCCUUCACAUGGAGCUGGAGACUUCCACAGUGUUACAGGGUCUACCAAGCCUGGUCCCUCAGAAUGAGGCCAGAGAGUUUCCUGCCAGGGCAUCUGCCAUUCUUUGCCUCCGCAGGAAGCACCAUUGAAACUGUGAACUUUCGCGUUGGUAUCCGUCAAAGACCGUUUUGAAAGCCUGA